AUGGGUUUUUCAGACACUUCGCCACGUUUACCAAUCACCGAAGAUACUAGAUUCUUAAUCUUACACACACCAAAGACAUUUAAUAAAGUUUCACCUUUCAUAGUUCAAAGAUUGAUUUCUUCAUUUAUUGGUGAUGUCAAAUCUACUAAAAAACUUCCGUCCGGGGAUCUCCUUAUUGAGACCUCAUCAAAAACACAGAUUGCUACGAUGCAGAAAUUAACACAACUUGGAGACUUCCCUGUAGAGGUAACUCCUCACAGGACACUGAAUUUUUCUCGGGGAGUCAUCUCCGAUUUAGAUCUUUUUGACUGUUCGGAGAAUGAACUCAUUCAGGAAUUACAUUCCCAAAAAGUUUGUGCAGCUCAUCGCAUAAAAAUUAAACGCAAUGGUUCAUUCAUUCCAACAAAACAUGUCAUUCUAACUUUCAGUAGCCCGGAACUUCCAAAAUUUAUACGUGCUGGCUAUAUACAAUCCAAAGUUAAACCAUAUAUACCAAAUCCUCUGCGUUGUUUUAAAUGUCAGAGAUUCGGACAUUCGCAGGGAACUUGUCGUGGCAACCGUCGAUGUGCCAAAUGUUCAGCUGAUGAUCAUGAAACUUCAGUUUGUAGCACACAGACCUUCAAAUGUUUAAACUGCUCUGGGUCCCAUCCUGCGUAUUCUCGUGACUGUCCUAAAUGGAAAACGGAAAAAGAAAUUCAAAACAGAACACCCAAACCUGGCCUUACUUAUAGUGCCGCCAUAAGUUCAACAUUGAAAUGCACUAGUUCUCAGACCGACUUUACAGAUAUUAAUACAUUGAAAACCUGCUCCUGUAAACAUUCAGCUCUUGAAUCAGUAAAGAGCAAUAACGUACAAAAAACUGAAAAUAAUCGAAAUUCAGUCUCUACUACUAAAAAAUCUUCUCAACCCGUUUCUCAAUCUAAAGAUUCAGAAUUUUCUUUAACUCGUUUCGCUAAGAAGAAACGAAAGAAAACAAAAUCUCCUCCAAGUGCCAAAACAUCUGACAAUGAAGUCCCUCCUAAACCUCCAGAUCCUUCUGAUAUACCGAUUACUUCAGACUCUAUCUUAGCAAUUUGUCCAUCUACAUCUGAUAUAUCUGAUGUAGAAAUGGAUAAUUUUCCUAAUAAAUCGCCUCCAGGCGGCCCUGCGUAA